ACGACUCUCUUCCUGCAAAGUACGGAGGAGGUUCAUGAGCCCUACAUCCAUCCAACCGCCGGCCCGCCGUGGAUCCGGGUAUGCACCGACCAAGGAACACGUCUCACACGUCGAUUUCAAGUUCCUGGUUCUGCUCGCGAGCUCAUGACCGCCGUGGGCGUUGCUCACCAUCCGAGCUCUGCCCGAAGCGCGAACCACGGCUUGUUCGUGUCGUACAUAAGGGUGGUGGCGAGGUAGGUAUGUCGGCACCUCCAUCGGUAGCACAACGGGGAGUGAUUGGACAUGCAUUCACGAGCCAUCCUCGAACGCGCCUGCGUCCUUGCUCUCGGCCUUUGCGCCGCGGCCUCCCUCGUCUCCACUGCGAGCCUUGCCGCCGCCGUCACCGGCCCGUGCGACCUCUACGCCUCCGGCGGUACGCCCUGCGUCGCCGCGCACAGCACCACCCGCGCACUGUUCGGCGCCUUUUCCGGCUCGCUCUACCAGGUCAAGCGCAACUCGGACGGCGCCACGCUCAAUAUCGCGCCGCUCUCCGCUGGCGGCGUCGCCAAUGCCGCCGCACAGGACUCCUUCUGCGCUAGCACGACCUGCGUCAUCACCACCAUCUUCGACCAGUCCGGCCGCGGCAAUCACCUCACCCAGGCCCCGCCCGGCGGCUUCAGCGGCCCCGAGUCCGGUGGCCUCGACAGCCUGGCCAGCGCCACCGGCGCGCCCGUCACGCUGAACGGCCAGAAGGCGUACGGCGUAUUCAUCUCGCCCGGCACCGGCUACCGCAACAACGCAGCCUCGGGCACGGCGACGGUCGACGCGGCGGAGGGCAUGUACGCCGUCCUCGAUGGGACGCACUUCAACGGCGCCUGCUGCUUCGACUACGGCAACGCCGAGGUCAGCAGCCGCGACACGGGCAACGGUCACAUGGAGGCCAUCUACUUCGGCGACUCCACGACCUGGGGCACUGGCUCCGGCAGCGGCCCUUGGAUCAUGGCCGACCUCGAGAACGGUCUGUUCUCCGGCGAGAACCAGAAGUUGAACAGCGCCGACCAGUCCAUCUCCUCCCGCUUCGUGACCGCGGUCAUCAAGGGGCAGCCCAAUAAUUGGGCGAUCCGUGGCGGCAACGCCGCGUCCGGCUCGCUGACGACGUUCUACAACGGCGUGCGGCCGAGCGUGUCGGGCUACAACCCGAUGAGCAAGGAGGGCGCCAUCAUCCUCGGCAUCGGCGGCGACAACAGCGUCGGCGCGCAGGGCACCUUCUACGAGGGCGUCAUGACCUCCGGCUUCCCGUCCGACGCCACCGAGAACGCGGUGCAGGCCAACAUCGUCGCCGCCAAAUACGCCACCACGUCGUUGACGAGCGGCCCGGCGCUCACCGUCGGCUCCUCCAUCUCCAUCCGCGUCACCACGCCCGGAUUCGACACGCGUUUCCUCGCGCACACCGGCGCCAACGUGAACACCCAGGUGGUCACGUCGUCCAGCAGCACCGCGCUCAAGCAGCAGGCCAGCUGGUCCGUCCGCACCGGGCUCGGCAACAGCGCCUGCUUCUCCUUCGAGUCCAGGGACACCCCCGGGAGCUUCAUCCGGCACUCCAACUUCCAGCUUAUGCUCAACGCCAACGACGGCUCCAAGCUCUUCUCCGAAGACGCCACCUUCUGCCCGCACGCCGGCCUCAACGGCCAGGGCAACUCGUUCCAGUCGUGGAGCUACCCCGCUCGCUUCAUCCGCCACUUCAACGACGUUGGCUACAUUGCGAGCGAAGCCGGCUUCGAAACUUGGGAUGCCACCACAUCGUACAACGACGACGUGAGCUUCGUCGUCAGCGCCGGCUUCGCAUGAGCUCCGGCCCAAUUCACGUAUCGAGGCGCC